AUUGGUGGAAAUAAGAAAUGGCAGCGUGCACACACACCCAAGUUACCAAUGAUGGCUUUGGCCAUGCCUACAUUAGGUGUCCGGUAUGCCAGCGCAGAAGGCGCCAGUGAAACAGCUGGAAAGACUAUUGUGAAUUUGGCCGAUAUACCCGCCGCUCCCGCAGUUCCUGAAAAUGUAGGCGAAUUGGCUGGCCCAGUUCUAAAUGCUUUAGGAGAGCCGUCUUUUGCCUCAAUUGGUUUGGGAGGAUGGUCACCAGUUGGUCUUGUCCAAAAUUGUAUGGAAUUCUUACAUGUCACAUGGGAUUUACCUUGGUGGGGUGCCAUUGCAAUUGGUACUGUUGUAGUGCGUACCAUAAUUUUCCCCUUGGUGAUUAUGGCUCAACGAAAUGCUGCCAAAAUGAACAACAACAUGCCACAAAUGCAACUGCUGCAAAUGAAAAUGACGGAAGCUCGUCAAUCCGGCAAUGCCAUAGAUUCUGCCCGUUAUGCUCAAGAAAUGAUGGCAUUCAUGAAGGAGAAGGAGUUGAACCCCUUAAAGAAUCUUCUUGUACCAUUGGCUCAAGCACCUCUCUUCAUUUCGUUCUUCAUGGGUUUGAGAGGAAUGGCAAAUGCACCAGUUGAAUCAAUGAGAGAGGGCGGUCUCUUUUGGUUUACCGAUCUAACCAUUGCCGAUCCCACAUUUAUGUUGCCAGUCAUAACAAGUUUAACACUGCUUCUGACUGUGGAAAUUGGUACCGAUAGUGCAAGGCUAUCUGCUCAGAAUAUGGGCAUGAUGAAAUAUGUAUUGCGCGCCCUGCCUCUUGCUAUUUUUCCCUUCACAAUGAAUUUCCCAGCAGCUAUUUUGACAUACUGGGCGUGCAGUAAUUUCAUUUCAUUGGGUCAAGUGGCUAUUUUGAAAAUACCCGCAGUAAGAGAUUUCUUCAAAAUCGAUAAAAUGAUUAUCCACAAAGCCGAAAACUUGCCAGUUAAGAAAAAGAAGUUUGUUGAAGGCAUGAAGGACUCAUGGCAAAAUAUGAAAAUUACCAAAGAAUUGGAGGAACGUUCACGUUUGGAUGAAAUUCGAUUUGCCAAGGCAGGCCGAGGACCCUUGGUGAAGACCUACAAAUAUGAUCCCACAAAACCACGACCAGCUACGAGCAUAGAAGCACAAGCUAAAAAGAGUAGUUAAGACCACAAGAUAAGACAUUUACCGAAAAAUUACUUCUGUAAAUACAGAAUAAGUUGUUGUAUUAAGUUUUUAUUAGUAACCAAAUAAAAAACAAAAUAAA